AUGAAAACAACAUACCUCCCGCAGACCCACAAUCGCAGUCUCCUCAUGAAACUAGACACCGGCAGUGUCUCUCUCUGUUGGAGAGGAGGGACUCCACCGUCUGGGUAUCGCUGGAAAGUGCCGGAGAGGAGGGGAUCCACCGGUUGGGUGUCGCUAGAAAGCGCUGGACGGCGAGGCGGGGCUGGAUGGAAGUCAGAGGUGGGAGGUGUCGGCGCCAAGAGAAACGUCGAAGGUGGGAGAAGCCGUCAACGUUGA